UGAGAACGAGAUCCACGAGUUGAUUGAGGACUUGGUGGCCCGAUGCAAUUAGAGGGCGUUAUUGAGCGCGAGCGCAUACGACAUUCCCCCACAUGACUGCAUUAAUGAUUAUACUGAGGUACGCAGUAGACAGGUCGCAGGAACGCAGCCAUGCACCACACGCCGCUCCAGAUGCAGCGGUCAGCUGCUGUUCACCAACAGCAGUCUGACCAGCUACAUUAUACAUUACCAAUCCCCUUCUGCUUGAGAACCUUCCUCCUUCCUUCUUCAUCAUCCCCCUCCCUCCUCCCUCACACAUACACACAAAGACACCAUGGUCCGCAGCAAAGAAAACACCGAUACCAACACUACCACGGACACCGACACCUUCCGGCCCGCCGCAGCAGGCGACGCCCGCUCGCCAUGCCCAGUGCUCAACAGCCUGGCCAACCACAACCGCCUCCCCCACGACGGACGUAACAUCACAGCGCCGCAGCUGCGCUCCGCGCUGGGCUCGAUCGGGCUGGGCGCAGACCUCUCAGCGCUCCUAGUCUGGCGAGCCUUCACCAUUCACAACGACGAUGCCGAGUUCGGGCCGCACGGGUCGAUCGGCGGGCUCCGCGACGCUGAGGACGUGACGGCGGACGGCGUGCCAGUGCUGCACCUGGACAAGGUCGGGCGGCCGCACGCCAUCGAGCACGAUGUCUCGGUCACGCGGCAGGACCGCGCGCUGGGAGACCCCAUCGCCCUCGACCCCGCCCUCUACGAGCAGUUUCUCGCCAGCACGCCGCACCGCUUUGGCGUCCCCGAGCUCGGCCGCUACCGCAAGGUGCGCUAUGCCGAGCAGGCCAAGGCGAACCCGGACUUGAAGUUCGAGCGCCGCGAGCAUUAUAUUGCAUGCGGGGAGCUGGCUGUGCUGCGCUGCUUGUUUGGCGAGGGCGUCUUCAAGGGUAUCCCUAAGGAGUAUCUGGAGGCGUUGUUUGGCGAGGAGCGGUUGCCCUUGAAGGAGGGGUGGCGGCCCAGGACGUGGGUGAAGGCGUUUCUGCCCGAGGCUGCUGCGGUCAUUCUCGCGAUUUCGAGGUAUGCCUGGCCUUUUUAGGGGCGUCGGUAGGUUUCAUGUGGUUGUGAGGUGCUGCGGUAAUGAUGAAAUUUUGAGAGUUGCGGCUGGGAGCUGGUGGCGCUGAAGGCUGAACUCACCUGGUAGGUUUGGGUGGAUUGUUCAGGGUUUUGCUUGGGGAACAAUAGCCGUUCUAUGCGGGUUUGUUGGCUCAUUGGUUAAGCUUGUGUCUGGGUAUGGUCAGAGUGCUGGCGUGUAGGGGGAAAUUGUCAUUCAUGAUUCAUGGAGGAUUAAUGUGCAGGGCAGGAGGUUAGCAGUCGGCAGAAGGUAAAUCAGAAGCACCUCAAGUGCCUGUGGCGCUCUUGUUCAUCUUGGCAAACC